ACCGAAGAUGCCCGAAGCCGUCGGGACGGACCCGAGUACCUCACGCAAGAUGGCGGAGCUGGAGGAGGUGACUCUGGACGGGAAGCCUCUUCAGGCGCUGCGGGUGACCGACCUGAAGGCCGCACUGGAGCAGCGAGGCCUAGCCAAGAGCGGGCAGAAGAGUGCCCUGGUCAAGCGGCUCAAAGGGGCUCUAAUGCUAGAAAAUUUACAGAAACACUCAACACCCCAUGCUGCAUUCCAGCCAAAUUCCCAGAUUGGCGAGGAAAUGAGCCAGAACAGUUUCAUAAAGCAGUAUCUGGAAAAGCAGCAGGAGCUGCUUAGGCAGCGUCUGGAACGUGAAGCUCGAGAAGCUGCAGAACUUGAAGAAGCUUCAGCUGAGUCGGAGGACGAGAUGAUCCAUCCCGAGGGAGUGGCUUCCCUGCUGCCUCCUGACUUUCAGAGCAGCCUGGAGAGACCAGAGCUGGAGCUCAGCAGACAUUCACCCAGUACUAUUUUAUGA